GGUGGGCGUGGCCUGCAUCGUUGCAGAUCUUAGCAGCUCUUGUCUUCACCCACCUGGCAGAACAUACUCACUCGGACCGCUGAGGGCCGCUGUGAGACGCUACAGAGAGCUCAGAUAGUCACCAUUUUAGCGGUUACCCAGCUAAGACUCUACCAUGCGUGAAUGCAUUUCUGUCCAUGUGGGCCAGGCUGGUGUUCAGAUGGGGAACACCUGCUGGGAGCUCUACUGUCUGGAGCAUGGUAUCCAGCCAGAUGGCCAGAUGCCGAGCAAUAAGCCCAUAGGAGGUCAUGAUGACUCCUUCACCACCUUCUUUAGUGCGACUGGCGCUGGGAAAUAUGUCCCAAGGGCAAUUUUUGUUGAUCUGGAGCCUACUGUCAUUGAUGAAGUGAGAACAGGAACAUACCGCCAACUCUUCCAUCCUGAACAGCUGAUCUCUGGAAAGGAGGAUGCUGCUAACAACUAUGCCCGAGGUCACUACACUAUUGGCAGAGAGAUUAUUGACCCUGUCAUGGACAGGAUCCGCAAACUGGCUGAUCAGUGUACUGGUCUCCAAGGAUUCUUGGUCUUUCACUCUUUUGGUGGAGGAACAGGUUCUGGUUUUACCUCCCUGCUCAUGGAAAGACUCUCCGUCGACUUUGGCAAGAAGUCAAAGCUUGAGUUUGCCAUCUACCCGGCACCUCAAGUUUCAACAGCUGUUGUGGAGCCUUACAACUCCAUCCUGACCACACACACCACCCUGGAGCACUCUGACUGUGCCUUCAUGGUGGACAAUGAGGCCAUCUAUGAUAUCUGUCGCAGGAACCUUGAUAUUGAACGUCCAUCCUAUACUAAUCUGAACCGCCUCAUCAGUCAGAUUGUGUCUUCAAUCACAGCUUCCCUGCGCUUUGAUGGAGCACUGAAUGUUGACCUGACAGAGUUCCAGACCAACUUGGUGCCUUAUCCCCGUAUCCACUUCCCUCUGGCUACCUACGCCCCAGUUAUCUCUGUUGAGAAAGCUUACCAUGAGCAGCUUUCUGUGGCCGAGAUCACAAAUGCCUGUUUUGAGCCAGCAAAUCAGAUGGUAAAGUGUGACCCACGUCAUGGUAAAUACAUGGCCUGCUGCCUUUUGUAUCGUGGUGAUGUCGUACCCAAAGACGUAAAUGCAGCCAUUGCUGCCAUCAAGACCAAACGCACCAUCCAGUUUGUAGACUGGUGCCCCACUGGCUUCAAGGUGGGCAUCAACUACCAGCCUCCAACUGUGGUUCCUGGAGGAGACCUGGCUAAGGUGCAGAGAGCUGUGUGCAUGCUAAGCAACACCACCGCCAUCGCCGAGGCCUGGGCCCGACUUGAUCACAAGUUUGAUCUCAUGUAUGCCAAGAGAGCCUUUGUCCACUGGUAUGUUGGAGAGGGAAUGGAAGAGGGAGAGUUCUCAGAGGCUAGAGAAGAUAUGGCUGCUUUGGAGAAGGAUUAUGAAGAGGUGGGCAUCGACUCAUUUGAAGAAGAGGAGGAAGGCGAGGAAUAGUAAAUCAAAUGCAAAAUAAUAUUACUUGUUAUUUAUUAAAGAAAGGAACCAACCUCUUGCAUGUUGUUUUCAAACUCAAAAGUGUUUAAUUGCUUUUAAUCACCAUUGUUCAUUUUCUUUUGACCUCUGUUUUUUGUCCCAGCAAAAUCUAGUUUUUUCAGUGUUGGGGUGUUAAUUUAUUCAUAUCAAAACAUUUAAAGACCAUAGUCUGAUUUUGGACUUUAUUGUUGUUCAAUAAAUAAUCAUUCAGAAAAUA